ACUAUCCUGUCGAUUAAAUUAUCGGCAUUUAAAUAAAAUAAUUUUAUACAGUUUGAAUUUCUGAUAAAAUUUAUUUUUUAGUUCUAUUUUUGAGAAGUUAUGAUAAACAAGUGGAUCGUCUGUUUUCUAGCGAUUACUAUCCUAGGAUUAAAAACUGUCGACGGAAAGCUACGGAGAUGUGUCAACUGCAGGUCGAGAGGAGACCUCGGCUCGUGUAAGGAUCCUUUCACGUUGAACGUCACACUUAUUGAAAAGGAACAUGGAGUUGAAGCUAUUCCUUGCGCUUCUGGCUGGUGCGGAAAAAUUAUUGAGUCUCCUAAUUUAAACAAUGAGUACGGUACAGCAACACAAAGAAUGUGUUUACAAAGAGGACCUAGCGACAAUGAAGAAAGAUGUGCGUUCACUUUGAAAAAUUUUAAAAAAGUUUUCAUGUGCUUUUGUAGCGGGGAUUUAUGCAAUAGCAGCGCGUCGACAACCCCCAAAUUUAUCUUCAUUGUUGGUCUUCUUCUAUUGCAAGUGUCGCGGCGAUUGGUGUAGCGAAGAGUGAAGAAAUGCUUCAUGUCAAGUAUAUAACACCUAAAAAGACUGUUAUGAAAGCUGUAUUGUGUAAAUAUCGAAGAAAUAUAAGUACAAAUAAAUUUUGAAUUUUUAACCAA